UUGAACCGGGCGGCUUAAAAGCUGCAGCGCUGGGCGGCCGCAGCCCGCCCCUGCUCGCCCGCCCCUGCUCGCCCACCCGCUCUCCUGGGCGCCAGCACCAGUCCGGCCGCCACCGGUAACGUCUCGUCGGGCGGAGGCGGGCGCGAGCGUAUGAUGGCGGCUACAAAGACAGAUGAUGAAAUAAUCCUCAUUGAAAGAGAAAUAAAAGAGUUUUGGACCAAUUUAAAAAACGUUUAUGGCACUGAACAGAUUAAUGAGACGUUAGCGCUGAGAGAUUCGUGCAAGGAGUCCAUAAAAGCACUUUCAGAGAAAUGGUCCAAGAAGCUGAAAGAAGGGGACCUGAUGAUUGACAAAAUUCAGGAGUAUAGCAAUGAGAUUCUCCAGCAGAGCCAACGCAUAUCAGAAAAUCAAGAGCGCUUUACAGAAAUAAAAUCUAACCUAAAUCAAGAAGAGAAGCAAAAGAAGGACUUGAUUGACAGCAUCCGAGAGCUUAAAGAAGAGCUGAUGAAGAAAAAGGAAUUGAUAUCUGCUAAAAACAAAGCUGCUAAGGAGAAAGUGGAACGACUGUGCAAGGCUAAAGUAUUGUAUGAAGAGCGGCUUGGACUGGAAAUACGCAGAAUUCACAAUGAACAAUUACAGUUUAUAUUCAGACACAUUGACCACAAAGAUCCUGACAAGCCAUAUAUGUUUACCCUUUCCAUAAAUGAACACGGUGAAUAUGAAGUGACUUCCUGUACUCCUCCUCUGGAUUGUAUAGCAGAGUUCCAGCUCAAAGUGAGAGAAACUAACAAUUUUUCUGCAUUUGUUGCCAACAUGAGAAAAGCUUUCACUGCUUUAUCUUACAAAUAGUCUGCAUGAAACUAUAGAGCACCUUUUUCUUUCCUUCCUAUAUUGUGAAAGUAUGUAUUUAUCCAUGUCUUACUCUUAAUUUCUAAACAAAGAAAAGUAAUGAAAAUAGAAUUUUAGUCUGUAAUCUAGAGACAUUUUAGAUGAUUCUUCAAACAACAGUAUAAUCAACCAGUCUUCAGACAUGUAAAUUUUGAUUCAAUAGCAAAUAGCUUAAUUAUAUCUAUUUAGCUACCCCAGGAAGAUAUUAAAGUACUUUCUUUAAUUUGUCUCUUUUCCUAAAGCAUACGAGUGUCUUUCAGGUUUGUAUGUGGUUGGAAUAGGCCCAAAACCUACUAAAAUAAUGCACUGGAGCUUGGCAAUUACUUAAUUAACCUGUAUCAAAGGUCACUGUCUUAUUUUUUAUUUUUUACCCUGUCUUGUACUCUCCAGUCUUAUAAUUCAUUUUCAUACAUGUAAAUAGUUGUCUUUAUUUUGGCCCUUUUAAACUAUGUAUCUUACUGCCUGUUUUAGAUUCUUGUCUGGAUGCCUAGUUCUGUUAGUAACAAAAUCAUUUGACUUGCAUGCUAUUUUUGAAUAAAAGUUUCAAUAGAAACAAG